AUGGUGUCGCGACCGAACACACUCAGCCGUCCUUCGGUUGGACUAACGUCACUUGAGACCGGCCGCUUCCUGACCGGGCGUUGUCGACUUUUGACAGACAAUUCGGUACAGAGAAGCGGCUGCCUGCAAAUCACAACCGCCAGAGCGGAUGUUUAUGACCGGCAGAGUCGUCCUAUCGCGUGUGGUAUCGAAUCGAAUUAG